AGCAAGCUCUGCCAGCCAGAAGGACACAUAAAAGAAGAACAUUGCAGCAGAGGCACAGAAGGAGCCUGCGAGGAGCUGGGAAAUACACAACAGCAGAACCACAACACCCUCCCCUGGACACACCCUACUGGGGAUCACUGCUUCUCUUUUUUUCUGAACCAUCGCCCACAACACACGGAGAGAAAUCUCUCUCUCAUCAUCGUCCUGAAGAAAACCCCCUUCUCCUCAUUUUCACACUGCUGAGGAAACCUACAAUCGCACGGGCUGAGCUUUCCUGCCGAAGACUGUCGUUUUUCCUUUUUCUUUUUUUUUCUUUUCGUUUGGAAACUGACAUUUGUGAUUCUCGAGCCACGCCACGGCGUAAUAUCUGCAAGACGGCCUGAAGACCUGCGAAUUGAAGGACCUAGAUCACUAUCAUCUUUGUACAUCAAGAAUGGUUACUAUAAUUAGCACCAUGGAAACUCAGGUGUCCAAUGGUCCGAGCGGAACCAGCCUGCCGAACGGCCCUGUCAUUAGCACUAAUGGCGCCACAGACGACAGCAAAACCAACCUGAUCGUCAACUACCUGCCUCAAAACAUGACCCAGGAGGAGUUCAAGAGCCUUUUCGGCAGUAUCGGAGAAAUCGAGUCCUGCAAAUUAGUCAGAGACAAGAUUACAGGCCAGAGUUUGGGCUAUGGCUUCGUAAACUACGUGGAUCCUAACGAUGCCGACAAGGCCAUCAACACGCUCAACGGUCUCAAACUGCAGACCAAAACAAUCAAGGUGUCCUAUGCCAGACCAAGCUCAGCUUCUAUACGCGAUGCCAACCUGUACGUGAGCGGGCUGCCCAAAACCAUGAGUCAGAAAGACAUGGAGCAGUUGUUUUCCCAGUAUGGAAGAAUCAUCACCUCACGCAUCCUGGUAGACCAGGUCACAGCAGGUAUAUCGCGCGGAGUAGGCUUCAUUCGGUUCGACAAAAGAAAUGAGGCCGAGGAAGCCAUCAAAGGCCUGAAUGGUCAAAAGCCGCUGGGCGCCGCUGAGCCCAUCACCGUGAAGUUCGCCAACAACCCCAGUCAGAAGACGGGACAGGCCUUGCUUACCCAGCUUUACCAGACAGCUGCUCGCCGCUUCACAGGCCCUCUGCACCACCAGACUCAGCGCUUCAGACUCGACAAUUUACUAAACGCCAGCUACGGAGUCAAGAGCUCUCCUUCUUUCCUCCCCAGAUUCUCCCCCAUAACCAUUGACAGCAUGACCAGUCUAGCCGGCGUCAACUUGACCGGACCCACCGGAGCCGGCUGGUGCAUCUUCGUCUACAACCUGUCCCCAGAAGCCGACGAAAGCGUCCUGUGGCAGCUCUUUGGGCCAUUCGGCGCCGUCACAAACGUCAAGGUCAUCCGUGACUUCACCACCAACAAAUGUAAGGGCUUUGGCUUUGUCACCAUGACCAACUACGACGAGGCAGCCAUGGCUAUCGCCAGCCUCAACGGCUACCGCCUGGGCGACCGCGUGCUGCAGGUCUCCUUCAAGACCAGCAAGCAGCACAAGGCUUAAAGGAAGGCCUAGUCACUACUGCUCUUUAACAUGCAGUGGGAGCUACUGAGCUCCCUGUACAUUCACUCUACAUGGGCCUGGACUGAGUCUCUCUCUAACACACAUUCGACACACACACAUACACACACACGUUUAGUUGUUUUGAGCAAAAAUACACGAGUAGAGUCAUUUUUCUUUUCUCUUUACACAACAUGCUAGUCCUUCCUAACAUUUGCCUGUAUUGAAUUAGCAGAGUUGUGAGGAAAUCCAUGAGGGAAAAUCCAUGAGGAGGGACAGUCUAAUGAAUGUGACAGAGAAUGUCUGCAGAGAUUUAAUUUAAUUCAGGCAAAGAAAGAGAACUGGUCAAUGAAAGGAAAAAAAGUAAAUCAAAUAUGUGCAAUUUACCCAAAAUCUUGCCCUGGUAACUCUCCUGUCUGGCUUCAGAGGAUGUAGUCACUUUUUUACACUUGGGCAUUUUGAAUCAGUGAUUUUUUUAAAAGAAAAAUGAUUAAAACAGUGUUCUCUUAUAUAUAUUAUGAUAUAACUAUAUAUUCAACAUUUAAGGUGGUUAUAAUAGCCAAAUAUGUAAGCAUUUUCUAGAACUUUGAUUACGGUUUCCUGGCUCUACAUUUGGUUGCAACCUUGCCUUAUGGCACCACACACACCUUACUUGAGGUCCAACCCAACAGCCACUGAACAAACUGUGUGGAUGGUAGUCACAAAUCGAGAGGUCACCCGUGGGCCAUCACAAUCACUUCAGCACACUGAAAGACAACAUUCAUCACAGAGACACUCGCACAUACAUGCACAUGCACAUGCACAUACGCACCUCCACCGGAGGGCAUAGCAAAACAUCACAAAACAUGGCAACCUAGAAUCUCCUCAUAUCUUUCCACUCUGAGUUUUAUAUAAUUAGAAUUUAGAAUCAAUUCCACCACAUGCAGUUGUCUGUGUAACUAGGGGCAUUUCGACAGUGUUCCCAUGGCGAUGGCAUUUGGAAUUCUUUUGAAAGUCUUUCAAACCAAUUACGAAGGCCGACUGCAAAAUCCAGAACCAUAUUAGAUCAUUUUAAAGAGUUUUGAAUGGCUCGGGAAUAGGAAAGGCUGUGUGUCAGCUCUUUGAGCUGCCCAUUUUAUAGUGAAUGAGCUGUUAUGAAGGUCAGGGGCCACUGGGAUUGGUCGUCCUUGGUCUUCAUAACUUCUUAGAUACAUUUAGCUCCAUUCACUAAACAGAGUUGCAUUAUAAUUCGCCCAAACAGGUUUUAGCAGCCCCUACAUAUCUAAACAGCUACAUAUCAAGCAAAAAAAAAAAAAAAACUAAUUUUGUGUACUCAUGGCCCUUUAAAGCAAGUCACAGCCCCAUGAGCUACACAAAAAUUCAUCUUUUU